AGCGGCGCUCGCUGCCGGGUUAACUGUUAGGGGUCGUAAGGCAAUGGACCUAGAGGAAGCGAAAGAGUUCAAAGAACGCUGUUCUCAGUGUGCUGCUGUUUCUUGGGGUCUUACUGAUGAAGGCAAAUACUAUUGUACUUCUUGCCACAAUGUUACAGAGAAAUCUAAGGAAGUUAUCAACUCUUCAGUUAUUCCUAAUACCAAGAUAAACACCAUCAACAGGGGUCUUAGAAAGAAAAGAAAACAUGAAAAAGGCUGGGAUUGGUAUGUUUGUGAAGGUUUUCAGUACAUACUUUAUCACCAAGCAGAAGCGUUGAAGAAUCUUGGAGUAGGCUCAGAGUUGAAGGAUGAAGUUUUGCACAGUUUUUGGAAGCGCUACCUUCAAAAGAGCAAGCAAGCGUAUUGUAAAAACCCAGUUAAUACUAGUGGAAGGAAAACUAAAGUGUUGAAAGAUAAUCUGCAUUGUUCAGACUGGGCUAGUGAGCCUGAGCUGCUAAGUGGUGGUGACACUGACUUUGCUCUAGAAAGUGGAGCAGAGUUUCAGUCUGAUGCCCAGAUUCCAAAGGACUUCCCCAUCACCAAAGCAUCACAGUCAGGAGCUGCAUCUGUCUGUUCUGGAUCUCUUGAUGGAGUGGAAUACUCAUUGAGAAAGGAGAAGGGAAUUGUGAAGAUGACUGUGCCGAGGACGCUUGCUUUCUGCUAUCUGUCCUUACUUUGGCAGAGAGAAACAAUUACUCUUUCAGAUCUUUUGAGAUUUGUUGAAGAAGACCAUAUUCCUUACAUAAAUGCUUUUGAGCGUUUUCCAGAAGAGAUGAAAUUAUAUGGGCGUGACAAGGGGAUCUUUGCUGUGGAGUCUUGGCCUGACUAUGAAGAGAUCUAUAAAAACAUGAUUGAAGUUGCCACAUUUUUAGAUUUGCCUCGUUUUCCAGAAAUAACUGAAGACUGCUACCUUCAUCCCAACAUACUGUGUAUGAAAUACUUAAUGGAAGUCAAUCUUCCUGAUGAAAUGCAUGGUUUAACCUGCCAAGUGGUAAAAAUGACUGGAAUAGGAGAAGUGGAUUUUCUGACCUUUGAUCCUAUAGCUAAAAUGAAAAAAACUGUUAAAUAUGAUGUACAAGCUGUAGCAGUCAUUGUAGUUGUAUUGAAACUGCUCUUUUUACUGGAUGACAAUUUAGAAUGGUCUUACUCCGAUCUUGCUGAAACAUAUAAUGAAGAACACAAAGAAGAUAAGCCACAGUUUGGCUUCAGAAAAUGGUACCAAGUUAUGAAGAAAACUUUUGAUGAGAAAAAACAAAAAUGGGAGGAAGCAAGGGCAAAGUAUUCUUGGAAAAGUGGAAAGCCGCUCUACCAUUCACACAUCGACAAAUCAGUAGCGUAUAAAAGAAGAGAAAUGGUGGUGAAUUUACAAAAACAAUUUAGUGCACUGGUUGAUUCAACACCAGUGGUCGAAAAGAAAGGUCCUUCGAGUUUUCAAUUCAACUGGACUGAAGAAGACAUUAAUAGACCUUGUUUCCAUGAACAUACCCUCCAGGGACUCCUGGUAAAGAAAGGCCAGUCACUGAAAACCAAGAACUCAUUGUAUUGGCUCAGUACCCAGAAAUUCUGCAAAAGCUAUUGUAAACAUGUAACAACCUAUGAGGAAUCAAAUUUUUCACUGAGUUACCAGUUUAUACUAAAUAUCUUCUCCUUCUUACUAAGAAUAAAGACCUCUAUUCUCCAUGAAGAAGUGAGCUUAAUUGAAAAGAAACUUUUUAAAAAAAAAUAUAGUGAAUCAAAGAAGAACUCUUCAAGAUCCAAGAAAAUACGAAGACACUGAAAAAAGAGACUUUCUUGAAAAAAUAUUUUAGUUGUUAUAAUAAUGCUAAAUUGUAGUAUAAUGUUCUGGGGGAUUAUGUGAACAUUUAAAUACAUAUACAUUUAUAUAUACUGUAAAAUAGGUAAACUUUGAAUUUUUUUCAUGAAAGUUUUUUUCAGAAAAUUAAAACAA